UAUAGGGUCCGAACUCAGCAGGAAAAGUUGUACAUGACACUUUCCCAGUAGCGAAAGUCUUAAUCUUAAUCAUCAUCUUUAAACUAUCCUAAGACAUUAUAGGAAGACAGAAGGUGAUCCUGGAAAAGAUGGCUCGUAUCUUUCAGGUCCGGAACGUCCUGAUACGACAGGCACUGGCAGAAUGCCUGGGCACUCUCAUUCUAGUGAUGUUUGGAUGUGGUGCCGUCGCCCAGCUGAUACUAAGUGGAGGCUCUCAUGGAAUGUUUCUGACGGUGAAUUUCGCUUUUGGGUUCGCUGCGACAUUGGGAAUCCUAGUUUGUGGGCAAAUCUCAGGAGGUCACAUUAACCCUACUGUGACCUUUUCCCUUUGCUUGUUGGGAAGAGAGCCCUGGAGGAAAUUUCCCGUGUACUUCCUGGCCCAGACUCUAGGGGCUUUUCUUGGCUCAGGAAUAAUAUUUGGCAUGUAUAUUGAUGCAAUUUGGGACUAUGGACAAGGUUCUCUAGUCGUUGUAGGGGACAAUGCAACAGCUGGAAUCUUUGCUACAUACCCUUCCAAACACCUUACUUUGCUCAAUGGCUUCUUUGAUCAGAUGAUUGGCACGGCAGCUCUCAUAGUUUGUAUCCUCGCCAUUGUCGACCCUUACAAUAAUCCCAUCCCACAAGGACUGGAGGCCUUCACUGUGGGCUUUGUAGUUUUGGUGAUUGGUCAGUCCAUGGGUUUUAACUCCGGUUAUGCUGUAAACCCAGCCAGAGACUUGGGACCUCGGAUCUUCACCGCACUUGCUGGAUGGGGCUCAGAGGUGUUCUCAGCAAACUCUUACUGGUCCUUUGUGCCCAUCUUUGCCCCAUUCAUUGGUGCCAUGUUGGGUGUGAUGGUGUAUCAGCUGAUGGUGGGAUACCAUGUGGAAGGAGAAGCAAGAGAUAAAGCAGAGGAAAGAGAAGAGAAGGAAAGACUCAAACUCUCUGCUGUUUCUGAGAAGGAGACAGCAUAAGACCUCGACCAUUAGGAGUUGAUUUUCCACAGUUCCGUUCAGCUUCUAAAAUUAAAUUUAGCUCUCAUGGCAAUAUAGUAGCAAUAUAGCUUAUCUUGUACCCACAUUAAAUCUUAACUUUUGACAGUCAUCAGUCAGCUGUUCCCUUGACAUCAUGAUUAGACACAAAGUAAUCUGUUGUAUUUUUUUUUUGUACUGUGUGUGUGCAAUUAGUUGAUGUCCAUACAAUUCAGUCAAUUUGCAUAUCACUCUAAUUAUCCUGACCAGGACCUCCUGACCAGGUAUCCUUUUCAGUUUAUUCCAAAAAUGCCCAUUCAUAGCCAAAUUAAUUCAUCCAAUCUGCUAACAAGAGAGUUGUUGUCACUCGCUCAUUUAUCUCUAAUGCCUCUAUCUGCAUAAUGAAUAAUUAUGAAUCAGGGAUAUGAUUUAUGAAAACCUUCACCCUUAUGAAUACUGCGUCAAAGUCAUAAAAGUACCUGUUUCACUAAUAUUACAACAUCAUUAUAAGUGAAUAUUAAUGAGUGCUGUAAUUGUGCAGUGAGAAACCCAGUUCUACUUACAUUAUGUUGCCUUUUGUGUUUUGGGGACCGUUUUUUAUGUACUUUUUUUUUCUUCUUCUUUUUUUUUGCAAUUACAUGUUUUGAUAUAUUAUGUGCAUAUUUCUGUUCUGGGAAAAUGACUGAGUUUACACAAACUAUGCAUAUAAUAUAUAUUGUUUUCAUUUAUAUUAUGCGCGUCAAAAAUAAACUGCAUUUUUGGUAAGGCA